AUGGUUUCCACGACUUUCGCCACCGCCUCCAGCAGCGACGAGUCGCUCUUCAGCACCGUCUCGAGCUUCGUCUCGUCGUUCAUCCCCACCGUCCACGCCGAGGAGGAGGAGUCCUCUGACGACAAGGAGGAGUCUGAGGACAAGGAGGAGUCCGAGGAGGGCGGCGACGACGCAGAGGAGGAGGAGGACGAGGAGGACGAGGACGAGCCCGAAGACAUCCUCCCCGCCAUCCUCGAGGACUGCGAGAACUCGAAGGCCUGCGCGGCAGUCAAGCACCACUUUGAGGAGUGCUCGAAGCGAGUGAACGAGGGCAAGGGCUACGAGGGCGAGAACUGCAUCGAGGAGUUCUUCCACUUCUCGCACUGCGCCCAAGAUUGCGCUGCGCCCAAGCUCUUUGCCAAGCUCGUCUAA